AUGGAUGCCCUUGCCGGUUACGGUUCGGACGAUGACGUCAGCGACGAGGAGCCCUCGCAGCUGCCUGUCCGGGCAUCCGCACCGACCGAGCCAGCUGCUGCUCCAGAACCUUCCUCAUCGGCGAAGCGCGGAUUUCUCGGAUCCCUUCCGUCGCCGCGAUUCGCGGGUUCCGCUGCCGGGCCGGCCGCUCCUUCCCCCUGGUCCGCCGGGGAAGCGGAUGCGCAGGGUAGCGUAUUCGCCGACUCGCGCGCGGGUUCUUCCGCCAAGGCAGGUGCGACUGCAGACGGCGAGCCGUCAGAAAAGCUCACGGACAGUCUUGUAGCCAGCCGGCCGCGGUCGGGGCUAUUCGCGGCUCUCCCGCCUCCGCGACUUGCGCAGGGGUCAACACUAGGGUUGGGGGUCGGCGUGGGUCUCGGGCCGUUUGGGGAGACGAGAGAUGAUCCGCUGACGAGCGCGAAGCUAGGGGGACGAAUAGGCGGAGGCGCGGGCGGAAGCGGGGGCGGAGGCGGAACCGGCGGAAGGGGAGGCGGAGUUGGCGCGGCUGGUGGCGGAAAGAAAGUGGUUAAGCUUCAGUUGCCGGUGGGCUCGUCCCUGUUUUCCUUUAGCGGACAAGGGAGAGGGUCGGCGGGAGGAUCAGGCUCAGCAGGCGCAGGAGGGGGCGCAGGCGCAGCAGGCGCGGAUUAUGGGGAGGAUUCGGAGUCGGACGAGGAGGAGAGGGCGCGCAAGACGCGCAUACGCGAGCGCAACGCGGCAGCAGCAGCUGCGGCUGCAGGAGGGGGCAAGAGAGGGCUAGCGGCGUUUCUGCCCGCGCCUAGGAAUUCCCUUGGCAUGGGGGGAGCCAUGGGGGGUUCUGGUUCCACUAGACUGGAUCUGACAGGGGGAGGGGGAGGAGGGAGGGGAGGUGGUGGAGGGGGCGGAGGGGAAGGGGUUGGGGCAGGUGGAGGGAGUGGGAAGGUAGAGUCGAAUAGGGUUGUGGGUGGGGAGAGAGCAGGGGAGUUGAGAACGGCAGGUGCAGCGGCUGGCUUGGGUGCGGCGAUGGGAGGUGUGGGGGGCGUGGGGCCAAGAUUGGGGGUUACGGAUUCUGACUCGGAUGAGAGCUCAGAAAGCGGUGAUGAAGAGGGGUUGGGAGGGGUGGGGAUGGAGGGGGCAGGGGUUAUGGGAGGUAUGGGGGGAGGGGAUGGUGACACGGAGGCAGGAGCAGGGGAGAGGCGCGUGUAUUCACACCCUGCCACUGAGCGUGCAAACGAACUGCAGCACUCGUGGGGUGGCGCAUAUAGUGAAGGGCAUUAUAGCGAGGGAUACUCUGCAUCCGCCACUGCGGUCCCAGCUCAGGGUUACUAUCAGCCCGAGCAAAACCACACAGGAGCAGCAGCAGCAGCAGCAGGGACAGAGGCGGUACAUCCAGGUGCUUACACACAGGCGUACCCUGAUUCAUCUGAUCCAAGCGCACAUUCACAUGCGCAUGGGUACGGUUACGGGUAUGGCUACGACAGUAACGCGACGGCAGCAAACUCAGCAGGGCAGGGAGGAGGCAUGGGGGAGUAUAGCACAGCGGCGCUAGUAGCAGGGGUGCCAGAGGGAGGCUUAGGGCAGGCAGGAGGUCACACGUUAGGAGCAGAAGGGGAGGACACAGAGGCACUGGCUAGGAUGGCGAGGAAGCGAGGGCGGGGGCGGGAGGCGAUGGAGGUGGCGGCUGCAGCGGCGAACGUGGUGGAGGUGAAGCAGGCGGAUCUGACCAAGGGCCGCGUGCGACAGGACCCCAUGCGUGCCACUGGAACUGCCUUCGGCCCUGCAUAUGCGCCGGUGUCGGCAGGGGGCAACAAGCCGUCCAAGAUGCAUCGGCGCAAGCACCAGAUAGGCUCACUCUACUUUGACAUGCGGCAGAAAGAGACGGAACUCGUAGAGCGCCGCUCCAAGGGCAUGCUCAGCAAGGCCGAGACGCAUGCCAAGUACGGCUGGUGA